UCCUCUCCAACAAAAAUGCCUAAUUUUGGCUUCACCCCACCACAUGAUCAACUGCACCGACACCACCACCACCAGCUUCUUCCUCUCCUCCUCCUCCUCCUCUUCUUCCCCUCUGCCUCCGCCACUUCCAGUAAUUAUCAAAGAUUCAAAGAAGCUCCACAAUUUUAUAACUCUCCCGCCUGUCCAUCCUUGGACACUGGUGGCACCAAUGAAAUGUGCUCCGACCAAGGUGUCCACGUUGCAAUGACCCUAGACGUUGCCUACAUUCGUGGCUCAAUGGCUGCCAUUCUCUCCGUCCUCCAGCACUCUUCUUGCCCUCAAAACAUCCUCUUCCACUUCAUCGCCUCGGCCACCGCCGACCACCACCACCUACGCUACACAAUCUCCCGCUCUUUCCCUUCCCUGAAGUUCCAAAUCUACCCAUACGACUCCUCCGCGGUGUCGGGCCUCAUCUCCACCUCCAUCCGCUCAGCACUGGACUGCCCUCUCAACUACGCCCGCAAUUACCUCGCCAACCUCCUCCCUCCAUGUCUGACCCGAGUUGUUUACUUGGACUCAGACCUCGUCCUCGUCGACGACAUCGCUAAACUUGCCUCCACACCGCUCGGGGACAGCACGGUUUUAGCCGCACCGGAGUAUUGUAACGCCAACUUCACUUCCUACUUCACCCCAACUUUCUGGUCAAACCCGACACUAUCUUUAACAUUUUCCGGCCGCAAAGCGUGUUACUUCAACACAGGUGUAAUAGUGAUAGAUUUACAGAGAUGGCGGCAAGGAGAUUACACCACGAAGAUUAUAGAAUGGAUGGAGCUUCAGAAGAGGAUGAGGAUUUAUGAGUUAGGAUCUUUGCCGCCGUUUUUGCUGGUUUUUGCAGGGAACAUAGCACCCGUUGAUCAUCGAUGGAACCAACACGGCCUGGGAGGAGAUAACUAUAGAGGAUUGUGCAGAAAUUUGCAUCCUGGUCCGGUCAGUUUGCUGCAUUGGAGCGGCAAAGGGAAGCCAUGGGUUAGACUAGAUGCUAACAGACCUUGCCCUUUGGAUGCAUUAUGGGCUCCCUAUGAUCUUCUGCAAACACCCUUUGCUUUGGAGUCUUAGAAUUUUGGUACAACAUUUCUAUAUAAUUAAUCUCAUGUUUUUUCAUAUCUGCCUUAGGUUUUUGGUUCCAUGAUGCCAUUGAACACAUAAAAGAAUAGAGAUUUUAGUGUAAAAUUUAGAUAUUCUCUUGAAGAUGGUGAGAGAUGUUCAUACACUACUAUACAACAGAGACUUUAACAAUCUUACUACAAUCUACCU